AAUUCCGGCGCGACUUGUGUUUUCCAGGGCAGGUGUCGCCAGGAACACAUCCAGUGGGGCGGCAGCGCGGCAACCUGGUCACAGGGAUGCAGAGAUGAAGAAUCAGCACGGGGAAUUUGACCCAGUCAGGCCUCAAAAGCCCGAUCAAAUCCUGCCUCCACGCUUGCUCUACUUACCUUCGGUCUUGACCUCAUAACCAAUUACUGUCCUUCCCUUCGGCGCUCAGCUGCCAUUUCACUCCUUAUCGUCGCCAGUCGACAGCCGUUCAUUUUCACGCCGUGAAGUCCUAGCGACUCACUCUAUUCCUGUCCCAUACAGCAAUUGCGUCUUUGAGUAAUCGACAGAUCGGACCAGCACGUGCGAUCCAACAUGAAGACUCAAUCUAUGCUUCUUGCGGCCCUGGCCUCUGCGCCUACAGCCUUCGCUCACACUGCGUUCACUGACUUCUACGUCGAUGGCGUCCCUCAGGGUGACGGUGUCGCUAUGCGGAUGAGCACUAACACAGAGCACUCUACUGCUCCUAUCUCCAGCCUUGGUAGCGAUGACAUGGCCUGCAAUGUUGGUGGAUCAAAGGGUGUCGCCCGCGUUCAGUCUGUCUCGGACGGUGCCAUACUUUCUUUCGAGAUCCGUGCCUGGCCUGCAGAUGCUUCCAAGGAGCGUCUUGACCGUGGACACAAGGGGCCCUGUGCCGUCUACCUAAAGAAGGUCGGCUCUGCCAUCGAGGACACUGCUGCUGGCGAUGGCUGGUUCAAGGUCAUGGAGCACGGCUACAACUCCAAUACAGACCGCUGGUGCUCUGAUGAGGUCAUCGACAACAACGGUCUCCUCAACGUCAAGCUUCCCGCUGGUCUUGAGGGCGGCAAUUACCUCGCUCGCCCCGAGCUUCUCGCCCUCCACGCCGCGAAGGACAACGACCCCCAGUUCUACACUGGCUGUGCUCAGAUCUUCCUCGAAAGCGACGGCAACCUCGUCCCUGAGUCUACUGUCUCCAUCCCCGGAUACGUCGACUACGGCGAGCCCAGCACUAUUUUCGACAUCUACAAUAAGGACGCCUCGACCUACGAGCUCCCUGGCCCGAAGCUUGCAAAUCUAAUCGCCAACUCCGCACAGACCGCUUCUUCCGGCCAGACCACCCAGACCGAGGGCCAGAAACCAGCUGGCUGCCUUGCCGAGAACGCUAACUGGUGCGGUACCGAAGUCUCCGACUACACCACUGAGAAGGGCUGCUGGGCAUCUGGCGAGGAAUGCUGGCAGCAGGCUGAGAAGUGCUUCGACUCCGCUCCGAUCACCGGCAGUGCGGGCUGCACGCUCUGGCAGACCAAGUGCCAGGGCAUCAACGACCAGUGCACCGCGGGUAACUUCCAGGGCCCGCCGAACAAGAACAAGGUCCUUGUCCAGGAGAAGAAGAGCGUCGAUGUUGGAGCCAUCUUGUCCGGCCAGAUCGACUCUGGAAACGUAGAUACUACACCCCAGUCCACGAAAACCUCCGCCGCUCCUACAGAGGCUACUAGCGCUCCCGCCGUCGAGACUUCCAAGGCAUCCUCGACUGCUGUCACUGCUAAGCCCACCGCUUCACCUAUCGACGACUACUCCUCGCCCGACAUCAUCGACUCUGAGGCCAAAUCUAGCUCUGCUGGCCCCAGCGAGGCUGGAGUACCCAAGGCGACUUCCACCAAGGCAGCUGCUACAUACGAGGCUGCCCCAGCACCGACCCCUGCCCCGGAUGUCCCUCAGUCCUCCGAGGGCGGCUCCAGCUGCAAGGAGGGCUACGUGUGUGUGACCGUGACUGACAUCGAGGUUGUCACGCAGUACAUCACGGUUACUGCUGACUACAACGAGUACCGUAAGCGUGGCUCUGCUCACGCUCAUCGUCGACAUGCUCGCCGCUAGAUGCUAUCUGAGUGAUAAGGGUUGAAAUCCAAAAAAAUACUUUCUGCAACGAAGUUGCGAGCACAAAGCUCUCUUUGGGAUAUGAGCAGGUUGCUCUUUGGGACAGUUAUGAUACCUACGGCACGAAACAAAAUUCGCAAUGUUUACUGCUUGACCUCAUGCGCUUGCACUUCGCCGUGACGCUUCUCUUCCAUGUCCAUGCCCCUCACGCCUUCUCCAAAAUCCUCUCAGCCUCCUCCCCAAUCCUCUCCGCACUCCACCUCAUCAGCGCCGGCCCAACACUAAUCCUCGCAACACCCAGCUCCCCAAUCUCACUAACACUCAACCCCCCCGUCUUCCCUCUGAUGAGAAUAACAUUCAACCUCCCACCAAGCGCCUCGCUCGCCCUUCUGACCUCCUCCCUCUUCCACCCCUGUCUGGUCGGUCCGCCCCAGAUAAACACAUUAAAUG